AUUCCAGACAAAAUGGCGGAUGUUGUUGUUUUGCCGCAGGGUCAGUGCUAAUCGGAGUUCGCCUUUUCACUGAUUUACUGCAAGAAAAUACAUAUAUAAUAUCGUUGGCAACAACCUUCAUCAUUGUAAGGGUUUGCGAGGUGGACUGUAAUGAAAGGCAAAGAAAGGUCGCCGAUUAAAAAGCGCUCUCGGGUUUUGGAUGAUAUCCGAGACAGGGGAGGAGGCCAUCCGCCCAGCAAGAAAAUGGGGGCUAUCUCAGUUUCCAGUGGGAGCAAUAAUGGAAAUAGCUCGACUAAAAGUGACGCAGGAUCUACAAGAAGGAGUUUGUUGGGCGAAAAGAGAGACAGGGAUUUUGACGGGCAUGUUUCCAGUCGAUCCGGCGUGAGUAACCAUAGUUAUCCCGGUGCUAUUGCUAGCGCUAUCGGUAAGAACCACAACUUGGGCUUGACUCUCGAUUUAGCCACUGCAAGGACUAGUAAUUCUCGUGGCGAGCGUGCUCUGCCUCCCCCCAUCAACAACGAAAGUGAGUACAAAACUCUUAAAAUCAGUGAAUUGGGAACUCAGUUGAGCGAUGAAGACAUCGAAGACGGACUUUUCCACGAAUUCAAAAAAUUUGGGGACGUGAGUGUCAAAAUAAGCCGCAGCAACGACGAAAGAAUCGCGUUUGUCAACUUCAGAAAGCCCGAGGAUGCCAGAGCAGCUAAACACGCCCGGGGCAGGUUAGUACUUUAUGACCGUCCUCUGAGAAUUGACGCAGUGUACAUAAACAGACGGAGAAGUCGCUCUCCAGUUGAGAGAGUUGACAGAGACCCUUAUGUUGGAGCCCCAGGGCACAGACACCUUCACACCCAGAGACCCCUCUCCCCAUCAGGGCUUGGAUACAGAGACUACAGACUACAGCAGCUGGCACUUGGGCGCCUCCCUCCUCCCCCACUUCCCCCUUUGCCCAGAGACCUAGAACGGGAGAGGGAGUUUGCCCUGUUUGAAGCCAGGUCACGCCCAGGUCCUGCUUUCAUUGCAGAGAGAGCUGCUGCUUUCCGCGAGGAGGAUUUUAUCUCUCCCGAGGAUGACCAAAGAGCUAACAGAACGCUGUUUCUGGGCAACUUGGACAUUACAGUCACAGAGACGGACCUGAGGAGGGCGUUUGACAGGUUUGGGGUGAUAACAGAGGUGGAUAUUAAGCCCACACGGGGACAGACCAGCACAUACGGAUUUCUGAAGUUUGAGAACCUAGACAUGGCCCAUCGCGCCAAACUCACCAUGUCUGGGAAGAUAGUGGGCCGUAACCCCAUAAAGAUUGGCUAUGGUAAGGCCACCCCCACCACACGCCUAUGGGUGGGUGGGCUCGGACCCUGGGUCCCCCUAGCAGCAUUGGCCAGAGAGUUUGACCGCUUUGGUACAAUAAGGACCAUUGACUACAGAAAGGGGGACACCUGGGCUUAUAUACAGUACGAGAGCCUUGACGCUGCUCAGGCUGCGUGCACGCACAUGCGUGGCUUCCCUCUGGGGGGGCCCGAGAGGAGACUCAGGGUGGACUUUGCAGACACAGAGCACCACUACCAGCAGCAGUUCCUUCAGCCUCUUCCUCUACCCCCCUUCGACAUGGUGGCAGAGGCUUUCAUCCACCGAGCCACAGCUGAGCCCCUGAGGGACAGAGAAAGGACUCCACCGCCGCUCCACUUCAGAGAGAGAGAUCUGGGUUUCCCCGGGGCCGAGUGGCCCCCUAACCCGGCUAUGCGUGAACGAGUACGUCCCGGGGUCUUUGAGCUGCCAGAUCACCUGCAGCGGGACCGGCGGCCGGGGGGGAGGGAGCCCUGGUCUCUGGAGCGUGAGCUGGUGGGGCGCGGCAGCGACCCGGGACGGAAACGACGCCUCAUGGACGACGGUCGCCAUCUUGAUGUCUCUCCUGACAGCACUGACCGCACGGCACGCCGGCGCAGAGGUGGCCCAUCCCCAGACGGUAGCCCUGACGGAGGCCGCUUCAGUGACUCAGAGCGCCCCUCUCGCGGCGACGACAGACCCUCCCCUGGACGAGACCGCCGCCCCAGUCUGGAGCGUCCUGGCGGAGGAGACAGGAGAUUGAAGAACCAGGGGAAUCUCGCUGAGAGAGGGGCCUCCAGCAGUGGCCUCACAUCUUCAACAGGGGAACGGAAACGUAAAGCCGGCGACAGCAGCAGCAGAGGACCUGGAGCUAAGAGGGAUCGCUCCUCAGACCAGGGUGGCUCUAAAGGCAGUCAGUCAUCCAAGCUGAGCCUGGCCUGGCACGGCAUGCUCCUCCUGAAGAACAGCAACUUCCCCGCCAACAUGCAUCUCCUGGAGGGUCACCAGGGCGUGGCCAAGGACCUCCUCGUCGACGGCCCCACGGGGAGACAGGUGGGCGAACUCAAGAUCACCCAGCGUCUCCGCCUCGACCAGCCCAAGCUGGACGAGGUCUCCAGACGCAUCAAAGCGGCCGGCCCCGGCGGCUACGCCGUCCUCCUGGCGGUUCCCGGUUCCGGUGGCGAGGAGGUGUCGUCGACGGACCCUGCAGCUUCCACCCAGCGUCCUCUCCGCAAUCUGGUGUCCUACCUGAAACAGAAGCAGGCAGCCGGAGUCAUCAGCCUGCCCGUUGGAGGCAGCCGGGAUAAGGACCACCAGGGUGUUCUCCAUGCGUUCCCUCCCUGUGAGUUCUCACAGCAGUUCAUUGAUGCCUCGGCUAAAGCUCUGGCCAAAACCGACGAGGACUAUCUGGUGAUGGUCGUGGUGCGAGGGCCAUCAUAACUACAAUCAGAGAGGAAGCAGGACAUCAGUGAUAUUGUACAAAAGAAAAAAACAUGUCAGUAACUACUAUUGCAUGCUGUGUGUUGAGUUCAGCUCCAUGGGGUACUACUACUAGAGUAGGGGUAUGAUGGGGUACUACUAGAGUAGGGGUAUGAUGGGGUACUACUAGAGUAGGGGUAUGAUGGGGGCGUAGGCUAUGUCACUAUUUGUUCCACCAAAAUAAAUACGAAAUGCCCUCUUGAAAGUCAACAAAUGUAUAGGCAAAUUGUGCAACCCUGUUUUAUUAAAUAAGUGUGUGCUCAUUUCCAGACAGUAUUAUAAAAGGGGGACAUUCUAGAAAUACAAUCUAACUUGAAAUUAGGUAAAAUAGCACCCAUUUUCAAUUAGGAAAACUUGAAUCAACCGCUGUGUGUUAGAAGGCUCCAUUCCAACAUUUGGUCCACUGUUAGUGUUCCAUUGAUCAUAUUAUAUACAGAUCCUUCAGAAAGUAUUCAUACACCUUGAUUAAUUCCAAAUUUUGUCUUGUGUUACAGCCUGAAUUUAAAAUGAAUUUAAAAAAUGUUUGGCUCCCAUCUACACACAAUACCUGACAAAGUGAAAACAUGUUUUUAGAAAUUUUGCCAAAUUUAUUGAAAAUUAAAUACAGAAUGAUCUCAUUUACAUGAGUAUUCACAUCCCUGAGUCAAUACUUUGUUUCUAAGUACCUUUAGCAGCAAUUACAGCUGUGAGUCUUUCUGGGGUCAGUCUCUAAGAACAUUCCACUCCAUGGAUUAUGCUUCCUUCUUUUCUCGCUGUCAGUUAGGUUAGUAACUACUAUGUUGUUGAUCCACCCUCUGGCAUUAAAACAUCAUGUUAAACACUAUUAUUGCACACAGAGUGAGUCCAUGCAACUUAUUAUAUGACUUGUUAAGCACAUUUUUUACUCAUGAAUGUAUUUAGGCUUGCCAUAACAAAGGAUUUUCAGUUUUAAUUAAUUUGUAAACAUAAAAUAAAAAACAUAAUUCCACUUUGCCGUUAUGUGGUAUUGUGUGUAGGCCAGUGACACAUCUCAAUGGAAUCAAUUUUAAAUGCAGGCUGUAACACAACAAAAUGUGGGGAAAAUCAAGGGUUGUGAAUACUUUCUGAAGGCUCUGUAGAUUAGGCUGCUUUAUGCUUCAUUACAAUCAUUUCGUGUCAUUUAUAGUUAAUUAUAUAUUUUUCUCCUCAAGGCCCUUUCUAAAAGUCCUGAAUUAUGAAGCCUUUAUUUUAAAUGUCACAUUUUGAGAAAGAUACCACCAGAUCUGUUUGACGAGGAUAUAAAUCAUAUUUCCAUUUCUCACAAAAAAAAGUAUUUGGGGACAAUUAUGUUGGGAUAUGUCAUUACUUGACAACAUUGACUUCCUGUCUUUCUGUAAUACAUGAAAAUGGUUCAAACCUAGGAAUCGAAUGUCCCUAUGCACAGUAGGCUAUCUGUGGUGAGGUUAGCCCACACCUCUAUGGUUAAGGAAUGGUUCAUGACACUACAAAAUGGGCCGAGACAAUGGGGUUCAGUUGCUGAGUGUAAACUCAACCUAACUUGUCUGUGGUGUGAAUAUAGUGUAUUCAAUUGGUUUCCAAAUGUGUUUUAAUGUUUAAGCUACUCACCAGUAAUACUUGGGCGUAUUGAGAGGCUGAAUGAGAAAUUGUAGAGGUAAUUUUUGCCCAGCUAAUAUACUGUAGGAUGGGCCCAUCAAUGCAAUGAUGCAACAAACACACAGCCCACUAAGAGAGAUGCUAAGGGUAGAUUAUAUUGUGUGCAUUUUCUUUAGCACCACCUGACCCAUGGUAGUAACUUGUGACCUAUAACCUUUGACCUAUAAUGUGUGGUAAAAUUACACUAGAGAUAAAAACAAACUUAAGCUUUUGUUGUUGUUGACAUUUGUUGGUCCGGUUUCAUUCAAUUAAUAUACCAAUGUUUGUUGCCAAGUUUGUCUGAAUAUGACAGUAUUUUAUUGGUAAUCAUUGCUAACAAAUGAUUUACGGUAAUCCUAAUAAUCAAUCAGUUAAAAGGCCAUUCAACAUUUGGAGAAACUGAUCAUUUUUUUUUUUUUUUAAGUAAACUUAAAUUGUAGGUUUGAUAAGUUGUAGUGCUAUUAUUUUAUUUAGUAUUUUUAAACCACAAUGUUUUCCCCUUUUGCGGCCAGCAGAAAACAGCUAGAUUUGUCAGACUUAAUAGCCUACUGUUGGUAACAUUUUAUGGCAUUUAAAAUAUAUUUUUUUUUAACUGAGUUGUAGUUUUAGGAUGUUUUAAGAGGAGGUUGGUCUGGUUUAUCUGUUUGAAAAACUGUAUGAGAAAAAAAAAUCUGUAUUUGUCUCACCGCCUCAACUGUGGACUUCCUAUGGCUCAAACCUCGCAGGAAACUCUGAAGAGAAGGAAACUACUUAGUAUUUGUGUGUUUUCACUGAGAAAGCAGCUUUUAAGUUGCCUUCUUUUGUGUUAUGUUUUAAAUGGAGUAAUAUGACCCUCUGGCUUUGUGCUGUGUACCUGGUUUCAUUGGGAAGACAAGAAAAGGGAAAAUCCUCUUCCCACACUGCGCUUACUGCCAAGCUGUUUAACACACACAGAGACAAAGUGCAUUUAUGCACUUAUUUGUCCUCUCAGAAUAUCAAUAAAUGUUCAUUUGUUGGAAACUUG